CCUAGAUGGACAACAUGGCCACGAUGUGUCUGGGUCGUUAAUUUCACAACGCUAAACAAAACACUGAAAAACAUCGAAACCCUUAAGAGCAAUGGGUUUAACACAGAGCAGUGGUGGACCUGAGGGGGGAACAGAAGGAUAUCAUGUCCAUGGAAUUCAAGAGGACUCACCAGCAGAGAAAGCUGGUUUGGAGCCCUUUUUCGAUUUCAUCAUAUCCAUUGGCAAUAAUCGUCUUAACCAGGAGAAUGAUAUGCUCAAGGACCUCCUCAAGGCUAAUGUGGAGAAACCGGUGAAGAUGGAAGUGUAUAGUACAAAGACCAUGAGGAUCCGAGAAUUGGAAGUGGUUCCCAGCAACAUGUGGGGUGGUCAAGGGCUUCUGGGAGCCAGUGUGCGCUUCUGCAGCUUUCAAGGAGCCAAUGAAAAUGUUUGGCAUGUUCUCGAUGUGGAGCCAAAUUCACCAGCAGCACUGGCCGGACUCCAGGAAUAUUUGGAUUUCAUUGUUGGAGCUGACCAGGUUAUCCAAGAUUCAGAGGAUUUCUUCUCCCUAAUUGAAGCCCAUGAGGGGAAACCACUGAAGCUGCUGGUCUACAGUACAGAGACCGAUAAAUGCAGGGAGGUGGUUGUCACACCAAAUGGUGCUUGGGGGGGAGAAGGCAGCCUUGGCUGUGGCAUUGGAUAUGGCUACCUGCACCGAAUCCCAGCACGACCUGACAGCCCAAAAUCUGAAAGAGUCAGUCCAAAAGUUUCUCCUGUGGCAGGAAUGCCAGAGCAAGAACUUCCUACAAAUGGAUUCACAGAGGUGUCCUUUAUGGCGUCUAGUCAGUCAAUGAGUGGCUUGGAUCUUGAUACCCCACUGCCACCUCCCAUUCAGAGAGUCAUGGAUCCUGGUUUCUUGGAUCAGUCAGAAGUGGCCAUGAUGAAUUCGGAGGUGUCAGACAUGGCAGACCGACUGGACCUAUCCAUUUCUUCCAUUGACAUGACAAACACAUCCCUCGCUGUCCGAGAGGACAUUGACAUAUCAGGUGUCGAGAAGCUUCAAGACAGUGAGGUUCCUAGUCGUAAUCCUGAGGAGCAAAAUACAGAGGAGUAUCCUGCUGUGGAUUUAAGUUCUAUUGCACCGCUUUCAGAUGUUCCUCCUCCCCUUUCUCUCCCACACCCUCUUCUCCCAAAUCUGCCUCUUGAUCCUAGCAUGUCCACAGACAUGGCAUCUUUGAUGAAUUCUUCAGUCCCAUCUCUCGACUCUUCUGUGCCUCCUAUAGACAUCUCUUCCCUGAUCAUUGACCCUGCCGCCCUUCAUCUGGAGUCAUCUGCCCCACCUGGAGAAUAUCCCGUGCAGUCGAACGAGUCCUCACCUUUCCCCUCAGAAACUGAUGGUGUCAAUCAGGGCUUUUCUGAUGUGCCACAGUCUCUGACGAGCAGUUUGUCUGAGGGCAGAGCAGACCUGAUGUCUUUUGAUUCCCAUAAUGCACAAGUCAAAGAUGAAGCUGCUCCUCAGUAGUGUCACUACCAAGUACUACCUUGUGUCCUGUUUACGCAGUUGCUCAACAAUCAUCAGGGUGUUAUUAAUUGCUUUGUUACUGUUAGGAUCAGGUGUUGGCGAAUUGGUAUUGAUUGUGUUUUUUAAAUGGUUUUAAAUGGUUGCGUGCAAUUUACGUUUUAUUUUGCAUCUAGUAGUCAUGGUGAUUGUAGGUUGUUGGAAUGUGUGUAGGGUUACUAUGUUAAUGUUUUAUGUUACUACAUUGAAACCUUUUAUAUAGCUUGAUUAAUUAAAACUGCUUAGAUUCCUCUACCAGUUUUAAAUCCCCAAAAAAGGUUAAAGUAGCACCUAAAACCUUUAUUUAAUUGACUGAUUGUUUUAAAUAUUUGUAGUAUUUAUUUAGCUAUGAUGACACAAACACUCAUGGAUUACUGUGUUAAACUGAACACAGUGUAGAAUAUAUACAUAGAGCUAAUGACAAAAUAUACACAAAGGUUCUUUAGAACACUGUGACAAAAUAAAUAAUUUUGUCUAGAAAAAGCAUUACAUUUUCCUGGCUAAUUUGAUUUUUGGAAUUAUUUUAAUGUGAUUUUAGAAUUUUUCAACCAAAAUGUUUAAAUGAAAUCUUUGCUACUUAGUCUUAAUAUUUAUUUUUCGAGUUUCGUUGAAGAAAGUUAACACUAGAGGAAUGUUGCCACAGUAAAAUGUGCUUUUCAUGUAAUUUAUUAAUCUAUGCAAAUACAGGUAUUGUAUAAAUGCCAAUAGAAUUUCUGUGGUAUUAAUACUGAUCUCUGAAAUCAUCACUGCCACAUUUAAGAAUAGUGUCAUACACAGGACUUUAUUUUUCCUGUUUUGGUGAUGGGAGAGCUAAAUAAUGCAAUACCUCUUUGAGCUUAAGUUCUUUGUCAUUAUUUUAAAAAGAGUUUCAGCUAUGAACAAAGACUUUAUAUUUACAAGCAAACUGAUUUGCAUUGACAUGAUCAUGGUACAUCACAAGGGUGAGGAGACAAUGUUGUUUUAAAUUAGAAUUUUUAGGAAAAAAUGUACAGAAUACCUGUUCUUCCAAGUGUGAACACAAAUGUAUAUUUUUGUGUAGUAAUGCUACUGAUGCACAAGAUUAUAUUAAGUGAACAGAAAAUGGUCUACUGUAUACGCAAACUGUAUUCUUUGGGUUUCUGGGAAAAUGUCAGAUUGAAAAACACUGGAACCAUCUACGGCAAUAAAAGAUGUAAAAUAUAAA